GGGUGGUGUUGGGUGGCAACAAAUGGAGAUGGGAGGAGAUUGAUAGGACAAUGCAGAAGGAACAGGUUUAAGAGGAACAGACAGAUAUAUACAGCUCCAUACGACACAGAGGAACAAACAGGAGUCUAUUAAGAUAUUGCAGAAAGCAAGAAGAGUCUGAAAUGGAUCAGAAAGGAAUUAUGUUUUUUUUUCUCUCAGUCCUAUGUGGUGUACCGGCGCACAUCCCUCAUCGCUAUCACUUUGUAAACGAGAAAAAAACCUGGAGAGAAGCUCAGACUUACUGCCGAGACAAAUACACUGAUCUGGCAACCAUCAGGAACAUGGACGAGAUGAAGAAGCUGAAUAUCACACUGAAGAAUAAAACUGCAAAGCUAGCGUGGAUUGGUCUAAAGAUCGAGAGCGUGGGGGAAUGGAAGUGGUCUUUGGCAAAUCAAACUUUCUACAGAGACGGAGACACUUACAGGAACUGGAGUAGUGGAGAACCAAACAACCAUGGAGGAAAUGAACACUGUGUUGAUAUUGCAAAAACUGGCUUUUGGUAUGACUGCAGAUGUGACUUAAUGUUACCUUUUGUUUGUUAUGAAGGCAAAAACAGCAGUGAUAAUUAUACAUUCAUCAAUGAAACAAAGACCUGGUAUGAAGCUCAGACCUUCUGCAGAGAGAAAUACACCGACCUGGUCAGCGUGAGGAACCAAACUGAGAAUAAAAAGAUCAGCAAUCUAAUUAAAACUACAGUGAACGAUGGUGCUUGGAUUGGACUGUUCAAUGACUCCUGGAAGUGGUCAGAUCAGAGUAAAUCCUCAUUCAGAUACUGGAGCUCUGACAAAACCAGAGAUGAUUUGAAAUGUGCAGCAGUGAGUGGAUCUGAGCAACACUACUGGAAUAAUGUGAGCUGCACAGAACAACUUCCAUUCAUCUGCUAUGAGAAUAAACUGAUCCUGAAAAAGAUGAAUCUGACCUGGGAAGAAGCUCUGACAUACUGCAGGAACCAUCAUCAUGACCUGGUCUCAGUGGACUCUGAAGAGAUGCAGCUCUGGGUGAAGAAAGUUGCUCAGAGCGCCUCCACCGAACACGUGUGGCUCGGCCUGCGUCACAGUUGCACCGUGGAAUUUUGGUACUGGGUAAAUUUUCAAUUGAUUUACUACCAGGCUUGGGCUCCGGGGAAUGGGACGGGGUCCGAAGACUGCAGCAUUGAGGAGAGAAGCGGCGCAGUGCAGUCUGGAGGAACGCAGCAGUGGGUCAGUCUGCCUCAGAGCAACACACUCAACUUCAUCUGCUCCAACUAUGACUGCUAGUCAGGGUGGUGGGGUUUCAUUUGCGCGAUCAGAAACAUUUUCGUUCUCGAUAGUUUCAAAUUCGAUCGUCUGUAUCCUCCAUGAGCAAUACACCAAUAUCCCAUUUGCUCCAUUUAAUCUGUUUUCCCAGAUGCUCCCAUGUAUGUAAUUCAUGUAGGCUGGGUCAAAUGCUUAUUUGCUCCACUGUAUUACGGAUUUCUUUCCAUGUGAUCUGCACUAACGUUUUCUUUAUUAAUAGAAGGGGGUUUGAGGGAAAUAAAAGCUGGAAAUAGUCAUUUCUUUUAUAUUACUUGCUCGAUUUUGUUUGUUGUAUGCAAUAUUUGGUUUGUUUAGUUGUCUGUAGUGUAACAGACACCUGUAGACAUUUGACACUAUAAAGUCUAUAACAUCAAAAACAAAGUUCCUGAUUAAAGACAUCUGUAUGUUUUUUUUAAUAUAUAUAUAUUAAUGGAUUACAUGUAUAUUUAUGGCAUUUGGCAAUGAUCUUAUUAAUACAGCAGUUGCAUUAAUUUCUUAACCACUGAGCUUUCAGUUCCCUAUAUAAAGAGAUUAAUGUUGACAAUGUAUAUGAUUUAAGGUGGUGGUCUCUCUAAACCUGUCGUGUCAAUGAUUUGACUUUUACAUUUGAAUAUGGAGUGUAAUGAUCACUGGAACUCUAAUAAAAUGAAUAUUUUGACCUCCAACAAUUUGUUCUGUGUUGAUUCACAAAAUAAAGGGAUUUUUCCAGUAUAACGGACAGAUAACUUUCCAGUUUCG